AUGCAAGUUUUUCGUAGUAUGAAGAGAGUCACUAUCCCGUUUGACGAUAAGACGAAAGGUCAGAUCAUUGGACGUGACCAACAAGCUGAUCAAAUUGGUUACCACGCCGAUGAUGAUGCUCUCGUUUUUGGUUUGCCGGAUGGUGUUGCAGAGAACGAUUCAGAUUUUGAUCACACGCAAGUAUCAAUGUACGAUUCGAGAGAAGUGAUUGAAGAUGUGCCAAUACCGGUCUUCUGUAAUAUCGAUUUGGAUUUAUUCCAGAAUUCUCUGUGGACUACGGUUACCAAGGCUUUGGAAUUGUUUUCCUUUCUAAAGUCUAAUAAGCCGAUACUCCAGCAAAAUGUAAUGAAAUAUCUUAGGGAUUUUGGUUAUAAUUCCGCUAUAUGCAAGACAAAAUGGGAGAGUUCAAGUGGAUCAGUUAAGGGCGGAAAUUACGAAUUCAUUGAUGUAAUUAGAUCGGAUUCCUCCAAUCAAAUGAUUACUCGUUACAUCAUCGACCUUGAUUUUGCAGCAGAGUUCGAGAUUGCAAGGCCUACAAAUCAUUACAAGCGCAUGUUGCAAUCAUUGCAGAAGGUUUUUGUAGGCAAAAGUGAAGAAUUAAAGCAGAUAUUGAAGGUAAUGAGCGAGGCUGUUAGGCGAUCGAUGAGAAGCAAAGAGCUCCAUAUUCCUCCAUGGAGAAAACAGGGCUUCAUGCAAAACAAGUGGUUAGGUGCUUACAAACGGACAACAAAUAUCCUGCCGUCUCUAAACUUACCGCCGGUGAAACACACUGAUAUUGUUCAGUGUUGCUCUGUUGGGUUUAAUGCUGCUGUUAACUGCUAUUAA